AUGGUUAUAAAGGGGGUGUUUACUCAGUCACAUGCCCCCACAGGACCCCAGUGUGAAUCGAACACAGAGAUAUGGACGGAUGAAUCCACCCGCUGCCUCUGUUCUGCUGGCCAGCUCUCCUGCUCUCCCUCUCAGUGCCCUAAGGGCCAAAUCUGUGGUCCUCAAAGAGGAGGCUCCAGUGGGAUUUCCACCUCUGGGACGUGUACGAUACACAGUCACACAGACUGCAGCACUUUUGAUGGAGUGCUGUUCCGCUUCAUGGCCCCCUGCACCUACAUACUGGCUAAGACCUGCUCACCCGCUGAGGCCCUGCCCAUGUUCAGAGUGGAAGUGGUCAAUGAGCAGAACAGGAACUCAUCUCUGCCAACUGUCCAGCAGGUCACUGUGAACACAGGGAACUUCAGAGUGUCUUUAUUGAAACAGAAAACACACCGGGUUGUGGUUAAUGGGGUCUGGAGGAAGCUUCCGCUGAGCCUCGGUGAUGGCACUGUCAACAUCAAGAGUAAUCCUGCUGCUGUUGUACUGGGAACCAGUUUUGGUCUUUCCGUUUCCUAUGACAGCGCUGGUGCUGUACAUGUCGCCCUGCCACCAACAUACUCCGAUAAGGUCUGCGGCCUGUGUGGCAACUUCAACCACCUCGGAGAAGAUGACUUCCGCAAGCCUGAUGGCACAAAUGCCCACAAUGCUACAGCUUUGGCUGAGAGCUGGCAGACCGGGCAAAUAACCUCCUCCUGUGAAACUAUUCUUGUCCCUCAUCAGUGUGACCCACUAGAGGAGGCUGAGUAUGCCAGUGAGCUGUACUGUGGAAGGCUCCUCUCUAGUACAGGGCCCUUCGCUGACUGCCAGUCAGUUUUGGAGGCAGAAAGUUACUUCAGGGGCUGUGUGGUCAGCAUGUGCUCUGCUCAUGGUGACCCCGAAGUGCUAUGUGAGGCAUUACAGGUCUACACUGAUAUCUGCAAAGAGGCUGGAGUAGAUGUACCCAUAUGGAGGAACUCCACAUUCUGCCCCCCUCAGUGUGGUGAGAACAGCUACUAUAACUCAUGUGCUGAUGGCUGUCCCGAAGUGUGUUCCAGUCUGGAUUUAGCUGGCUCUUGUGGAAGCUGUGAGGAAAGAUGUGAGUGCGAGUCUGGCUUCAAACUCAGUGGGGGAAAGUGUGUCCCAGCAGAGGACUGUGGGUGCUGGCAUAAUGGAAAACACUAUGAGAAAGGAGCAACAUUCUUGGAAGGAGAGUGUGUGCAACAGUGCCAAUGUAUGGGUAAUAAUGAUCUGUGGUGCACCGCAAUGCAAUGUGCAGACAAUGAGGUUUGUAAAGUCAAAGAUGGGGUCAAAGACUGCUUCCCUUUCAAACCUGCCACUUGCCGUGUGUAUGGUGAUCCGCACUACAUGACCUUUGACAAGGUGGCUUAUGACUUUCAAGGGGGCUGCAGUUACACACUGGCUACAACAUGCGGAGAAGGCGGCUCAGUCCAGUUCACUGUGACCGGACACAACAUGCAUCCUCCCCUACAGAACUUAACUCGGUCCAAGCUGGAAGCUGUGACUCUACAGAUUGAAGAUUAUGACCUCACCCUGAACCAAAGUGGAGAGGUGAAUAACGGCCUGGUCCACCUCCCCUAUUCCACCAAUGGAACAUAUGGCUCAGUAUGGGUCCACAAGGAGAGCAAUUACAUUAUCUUGGAGUCGACCUUUGGAGUCCGAAUUAUGGUAGAUGGGCAGAACAGACUUUUUCUGCAGGUGGAUGAGCGCUACAAGCAUGAACUGUGCGGAAUGUGUGGCAUCUACUCUGGACACCAGGACGACGAUCUUGUAACCCCAGACGGCCAAAAUGCUACAGACGCAUUUCAGUUUGGAGAAAGCUGGAGGGUGCCAAAUAAUAAUGAGUGUACUGCCUAUCCAAAUGACCCAAGGCGUUGUGACUAUGAUGAAGAGGAUGAGGCCUACAGUCAGUGCAAUGCACUACUUAGGGAUCCCUUCAAGUCGUGCCAUGGACCCAUUAACCCAGGGGUCUACCUUCGUAGCUGUGUGUAUGACUAUUGUGCCACGAAUGGGGACCAAUACACCCUAUGUGAAUCUCUAAAGUCCUACGCAGCAGCAUGCCAGGUUGAAGGAGUGGAGCUGCCUCCCUGGCAGACAGGCACAGCCUGUGUCUGCCCCAUGAACUGUGACUUUGAAAAAAAUCUGUGUGGGUGGGAGCAGCUCAUACAGGACAGUUUUGAUUGGACAAGAAAUUCAGGAUCCACCCCCUCAGACCUAACUGGGCCAAACCAGGACCAUACCACUGGAGCCGGUUUCUACAUAUACAUUGAGGGAGACAGAGUAACCCAUGGAGACUCAGCCCGCCUGAUGAGCUCAGUGUGCCAUUAUCAUAGCCCACUCUGUCUACAGUUCUGGUACCAUAUGCAUGGUUCAGCCACAGCAAUGGCCCUCAAUAUUUACCUGCUCAAAGGCAAUAAAGCUACCAAGCUAUGGUCCAUGAUGAACAACCAGGGACCACAAUGGCAUCUAGGAAAUGUUGACAUCAGUGUGUCCGGCCCUUUCCAAAUCAUUGUAGAGGGAAUUCGGGGCUCUAAUGCUCAAUCAGAUGUGGCCAUAGAUGACGUUUCCAUCCACUUUGGCACAUGCUCAGGUGGCUUCCCUGGCAUGGUUAGUGGAACUGAGCUUCCCUCCAUAACUGCAGAAGUCCUCCCCCCACACCCAGAUGGUCACUACCUGUACACUGAGGCCAACAGUGCGUCACAUGGAGACACGGCUCGUCUCAUCAGCUCUGAGUGUUCUGACUCUGGUCCUCAGUGUCUGCAGUUCUGGUACCAUAUGUACGGCUCAGCAGAUACAAUGGGCCUCCAUGUUUACUUGGUCCAGAACAGAGUAACCGAUGUCGUCUGGUGGAAGAGGAAUGACCAAGGAAAUAUGUGGCACCUGGCUCAGGUGGAGAUCACAACAACCAGAGCUUUUCAGAUCAUCUUUGAAGGGCGCAGGGGAUCUAAUGAUCAGUCAGAUGUGGCCAUAGACGAUAUAAAGCUUUAUCGUGGUCACUGCUCUGCAUGCCAACUCCACUGUAAUUUUGAGCAAGAUUUAUGUCACUGGAGUCAACUGCUUGCUGAUGUUUUUGAUUGGACAAGGCAUAGUGGCUCCACUCCCACUAUGAUGACCGGUCCGUCUUCAGAUCACACCACAGGAGAUGGCCACUAUCUUUACAUUGAAGGAAACAGUGCGUCACAUGGAGACACGGCUCGUCUCAUCAGCUCUGAGUGUUCUGACGCUGGUCCUCAGUGUCUGCAGUUCUGGUACCAUAUGUACGGCUCAGCAGACACAAUGGGCCUCAAUGUUUACCUGCUCCAGGACAGAAAAGCAGAUGCUGUUUGGAGGAAAAGGAAUGACCAAGGAAAUAUGUGGCACCUGGCCCAGGUCGACUUGACCACAACUGGAGCUUUCCAGAUCAUUUUUGAGGGGCGAAGAGGUUCCAAUGAUCAGUCUGAUGUGGCCAUAGACGAUAUAUCAAUUCAUCACAGACACUGUCCACCAAUAACAAAUAGACCACAACCUCCAACCACAGCCAGACCACAACCAUCAACCACAGCUAGACCACAACCAUCAACCACAGCUAGACCACAACCAUCAACCACAGCCAGACCACAACCUCCAACCGAAACUCAGCCACCAACCACAAUGCAGCCACAACCACCAACGACAGCUCUACCUGAACCACAACCACCAACCACAGCCAGACCACAACCACCAACCACAGCCAGACCACAACCACCAACCACAGCCGGACCAGCACCUUCUUGCCCAGAGAACAGUCAUUACACGAGUUGUAUCCCUGCCUGCAGUCCAACCUGUACACAACUGAAUGGCCCGCCACACUGCAGUGACAGUGACAGUUGUGUGUCGGGAUGUGUAUGUGAUAAUGGCUUUGUGCAGAAAUCGCAGCGUUGUGUGCCUAUCCAAGAGUGUGGAUGUGUGGACAGGAAUGGCACCAAACAUCAAUUCAAUGAAGUGUGGUACACCAAUCACUGCAGUCAGAAAUGUGAAUGUGAGAAAGACGAUGGCAUGGGGGAGAUUGAUUGUGAUGACAAAGAUGAAUGCGAUGGAAAUGCUGUCUGCCUUCAAAAUGACGAGGGCGAAUACUACUGCCAGUCUACAGGAUUCAAUGAGUGCACUAUAAAGGGAGACCCCGAGUACAGAACCUUUGAUAAAAUGAAGCAUGACUUUGACGGUGAGCACUCAUAUGUGCUGGUCCAGACCAAAAACUUGCCAAAUAACCUUCCAGAUGUCUACAUCGAGGUCAUCAAUAGACGCACAGUAGAUGAUGACGAUGACAGUCAGCAUCAUGGUGAUGAUGAUGAAGAUGACAGUGAUGAAGAUGACGAUAGUAAGGAGAAUGAGGAACACCACAGAUUACAAGAGCUUAAGAUCAGAGUGUACAAUCACACUGUGGAGUUCAAGAAGAAUUUGAGGCUGCUUGUGGAUGGAAGGACAACUAGUACUCCUGUCUCACCAACUGCUGGUCUAAACAUCCGGGAGCAUUCCUCUCACAUCUACCUGAAGACAGACUUUGGCCUCUCAGUGAAGUUUGAUGGACACAGUAAAGCAGAGAUCAUUCUACCACGGAUAUAUAAAAGGAGAGUGGGGGGUCUGUGUGGGAACUUUGACGGUCAAAAGAGGAAUGACUGGAUGAAGCCAGAUGGUACAAUGGCCAGCAGAGUUCAAGAGUUUGGCGAGAGCUGGAGAGUGUAAAUAUCAGAUGGAUGUACGGAGGAGACACAGCACUUAAAGAUACCCCUGGAGGUUUUGACCGCAAGUACAAAUAUUGUGUCAGUUUACAAGAAAACUCCAAGAAAAAACAGAAUUAAUGCUGAUUUUAUUUUUUUCCCCUCAGACAACAAACCUUAUCUGUGAAUCUGUGACAGUAUGUGAGACUGAUUUUAUCACUGCCAUGCAUACUAUUUAUUCAAAAGUGAUGUUCUUACAGUUUAUGCUGAUCUUGUACAGUAAUAGCAAUGCUGAACAAAAUGUACAAUGGUGUGUUUAAACAAUGAGAAUGCAUGACUACACAUGGAUUAUUUAUCACCAUCCGAUAUUGUUGAAAACAGAUUAAAUGUGCAAUAAAUUAUUCAGAAUGUCGCUUGUACUUGGUCAUAAAGUGUAUUUCAAUGGAAGCACAAUCUUCACUGUUCUAAUAAAUGUGCACUGUGGUUCAAUCUGUCGCCUUGUGUGUUGC